AUGGCCUCGCCACGCGUCCAACUAAUCUUCGGCGGCGCAUCCCUCGGGCCCAGCAUGGAAACUGAGUUCGUCUCCCUCGAGGAAACAAAGAACGCCCUUAGCCUCCUCGAAUCCGGCGGCGUCAAAACAAUUGAUACCGCGAGGGUCUACCCCAGCAGCGAGGAAUGGCUGGGACAGGCGGGUGCGGCUGCUCGCUUCUCGAUCAACACGAAGUAUCCCGGUGGUUUUGCGCCGGAGGCUUCGAGUAGGGAGGAUGUAAUCAAGAGCGCGGACGAGAGUUUCAGAUUGCUCAAGACUGACCAGGUUGAUGUCUACUACAUCCACGCCCCCGACCGCCGCAUCCCACUAGAAGACCUCCUUGCGGGUUUAAACAUCGAAGUCGAAGAGGUCAUGCGCAUCUCCAAGAAAAACAACUAUAUACUCCCCAGCGUCUACCAGGGAAACUACAAUGCCGUUGCGCGACACUCGGAAUCAACCCUUCUCCCCAUCCUCCGCAAACAAAAUAUUUCUUACUACGCCUAA